AUGGCAGUAACAAAAAGAGCAAAGAGUAUUAAUCCCGGGAAGGAGAUUCAACAACCUACUCCUUCUGUUGCUCAAACUGAGGCUACAAAGGACGAUGAGAGCGAGGAAAGCCAAAAAACAGCAAGAAAAAUGAAUGCUUUCAACACUGCUGCUUUGAAUUCAGCCCUCGUUGUUGGAAAUUUCAUCAUGCUCAAGAAUGAAAUCGAGAAGUACACAUUCUGCGGGCGAAUCUGUGACCAUGAUCUGUCCGGUGAAGAAUGUCGAGCUACUUUGGCAAGUCAACAAAGAACUGUGUACUACUGCGAGGACUACCCAAUGCUUUUGAAAAUGUCCUUGGCAGCUUUGAGCAUCGUGCUCCAAGUUGUCUACGGUUUCAUCGACAUUGUACUCAUUGUCGAAAAACAAGAAGACGAAAAAGACGGGUUGGAGACGGAAGAAGUUCUCGAAAAGAUGGAGAAACGAGUGUGGAUCACCUUCAUUGCAGGUGUACUUGGGCUGUUAAUUUCGAUUGUGAACUACGUUAUCGCUGCUUUCGAAUAA